AUGGCCGCGGGCGACGUCACCCGCCGCGCCUCUAUCACCGCACCCUCCAUGCACCGUCGACCCUCUGCUAGACGAGGGUCGCUUAUCAAAAAUCCCCAAUCAACGUCACAAGAGGUGCCAUGGGAUAUAAUAGACCGUUGUGCGCUUCCAAUCGUGCUGUGCCACGCGCUAGCUGUAGUUCUUUCAGCAAUACUCAACGCUCUACAUAUUAGCCAAGUUUCGGUGUUCACACUCUUCCUCUGGUUCUCAAUUUCUGUCACUGGAUCACUUUGGUUCUACCACAACCUUCAGGUAACAGCAGCAGGCAAAGCGGUGCUAGUGACAGGAUGCGACAACGUAUUAGGAAAUGCUUUAGCCAGAAGACUCGACGAUUUGGGAUAUCAUGUAUUUGCCGGCUUUCAAAGUAAAGCCGGAAACAUAGACGCGGACAUGCUAAAAGAAGACUGUUCAGGCAGGCUACACACUUUACAACUUGACAUCACGUCUGAAACUCAGAUACUGUCGGCAUCUUUGUAUAUCGUUGAUCAUCUGCCAGAGGGCGCUCAAGGUUUGUGGGCGAUCGUCAACUGCGAGUCGUGGUGUGCGCUGGGUGAAUUAGAGUGGGUACCAUUCUCCGUAAUACGCCGAGCGAUGGAUGUGAACCUUUUGGGACCGGCUCGUCUAGUCCAAGUAAUGCUACCACUGGUGCGUCGGGCGAGAGGACGCGUAGUCCUGGCGUCGUCUAUAUUGACCCACGUCGCUGCACCGGUAAGAGGCGUGCACGCGGCGUCGCUUGCCGCUCUCGACGCACUUGCCGCCUGUCUACGGCGGGAACUCAAACCAAGAGGAGUAGAUGUUGUGGUUGUCGCAGCUGGCGAGUACACAACGGGUAGCGCGUGGUUGUCGGAGGAAAAACUUCUAGAACAAGCGCGUGAUAUGUGGAAGCGGCUUAGCGACGAACAAAAGGGUGCCUACGGAGAAGACUACUUCGAGCAGGCACUACGAAGCUUGGAAAAAUACACUAAAAGCCCAGAUGCUGAUCUCACAGCAGUGACGCGUUCGCUCAGCGACGGCGUCACCCGCACGUUCCCUCUCGCGCGCUACACACCUGUCUCCCCGCGGGAGAAGCUCAAGUCUCUGUUAGCUGAACAUAUGCCACGCUCACUUUAUGAGGGCCUCUAUACUGAU